AUCUUCUCCGGCUCAGAUCCGUCCGUCCCCCGGAGCGCCAGGCCGCCGCCCCGCUCCCCUCUCUCCUCUCUUGCGCACGACGCAGCCGCUCCCCCUCACGCGAUCGCUCCCCGUCGCCGCCGCCGCCGCCGCCGCCGCCGCGCUCGCUCGCUCGCUUCUUCUCUCUCCCUCCCCGCGCCGGCGGGGCGCGGUUCUCCGAGCCCAGCUGUGCGUGUAUCGUUUGAUGCCCAUAGGAAGCCCCCGCUGACGGGUAGAGAUGAAUUUCCUCUACCGGACUUCGCAGCCUGUUGCACCCGAGCUUCCGCGGAUUCCAGAGCAAGAUCAGCAAAGGGAUAGCCUACAAAAGCCAGUUACAACUCUGGAGGGCCUUAUUGCCGAUGAUCCAUAUCACCCCUCCCCUGAAGAUGAAGAUACUGAUAAUGGAGAUGUAGAUAUCGGUGGGGACUCUGCAGAUGCAGAUUCAAAAAAUUCAGUUCCUACUGGAAAGCAUACCGAUGUUUUGGAUGACGAAGGAUGGAUCACAAUUCCGAACAAGGAGCUUCCUGAUAACUGGAAUGACCUUUCAGACAUGUUGCAGUUACAGCCUUUGGACCGCCCCUUCCUUUUUCCUGGUGAGCAGGUUCAUAUAUUGGCGUGCAUGUCCGCUUCGAAGCAAGAAACACAGGUCAUAUCUCCCUUUAGAAUUGCUGCCGUGAUGUCUAAGAAUGGAAAUUCUUUGCAAUACUCCACAAAUAAAUCUAGUCAUGCCACAGAAAAUGGUGAUAGUAAUGUAAAGAAUGGAGAGAAUGGUUCCCAGGUUGUUGAGGAUGACAUGCAAAGUGUUGAACUCAACAGCGAAAUGUCUCCUAUGACACAAGAUGACAUGCAAAAUGUUGAGCUCGACAACGAAAUGUCUCCUUCAAAACAAGAUGACAUGCAAAAUGUUGAACUCAACAACGAAAUCUCUCCUUCAAAACAAGAUAUUUUGGAGACCGAAUCUCUCCUUCGAUUGGAAGAUCACAAGCAACAAAUUGAAAGUAUGCUUCAAAGAUUCAAAAUGUCCAAUUUUUUUGUCCGAAUUGCAGAGUCAGAUGAACCUCUCUGGUCCAAUAAAAAACUAGCUGUAUCAAAGGUGCCAAAAGAGCAAUCAUAUUCAGACAACCAGGAAAACAAUAAGGGUUCAAGGAGUAAUGCUUAUAAUACCAUUUCUGAUAAAGGAGUUUUUGAUGGUAGCACAUCUGGAGGAAUCGCUCGUGGUACAGCAAGGUGCUAUGCUCUGCAAAAUGGAGACAUCGUGGUUGUUUUGCAAGUGAAUGUUGGUGUUAACAAAAUGGAAGCUCCAGUGCUAGAAGUUCUUCAAUUUGAGAAAUCUUCAUCAAGCAAUUAUAUAACCAAGAAUCUGGUCAAUGGACUUUCUAGUGGUGAUGAGGAUCCAUGUCAGGAGCUGCUAAGCUGGCUGCUCCCUUUGGAUCGCACACUUCCUCCGCGAUCCUUAUCACCUCCUACUCUCAAUCCUAGUGCAUCACACAAGCAAUCUUAUUCUGCUUCUGGUUCUCAAAUUUUUUCAUUAAGUCACUUCAGAAGCUAUUCCAUGCCUUCAGCCUCCUCCACUCAACCACCCAACAUUAGGCCACCACCAAUUUCUGAAAGUCAAGAAUUUGUGCCUGAAAAGCCUGCGAAAACACCUGAUAUUAUAAAUGAUGGACAACUUUCCUUUAGAGGAGUUCCAUUGGAGCCUGAACGGUAUUCCGUACGUUGUGGUCUAGAAGGUGUAUAUCUACCAGGGAAAAGAUGGCGGAGAAAAGUUGAGAUCAUUCAACCAAUUGAGGUUCACUCUUUUGCCGCAAAAUGUACUUCGGAAAAUCUUCUGUGUGUUCUAAUCAAGAAUAUUUCUCCACAGCAUGUGAAAGAUAUAGUUGUAUUGGUAGAUGCAAUUACAAUUGUCUUUGAGGAGGCAUCCAAAGGAGGUGCUCCUUUGUCACUCCCAAUUGCCAGUAUUGAGGUUGGGCACGGGCAUAGCUUACCAAAUCUUGCACUCAGGAGAGGCGAGGAGCACUCUUUUAUUCUCAAGCCAGCAACUAUGUCGUUUAGGGACCGGAGGACCAACAAUGAUGCACCUCUGACUUUGUCACUCCCUAAGAUGAAUGGAACUGCCACAAAUGUUUCUUUGGCUAAGGUUGGCGAGACCAUUGGCUCUCUUAUGGAUCAGUAUGCUGUACUUGUAUCAUAUCGCUGCAAUUACACAGAAUCAAAACUUUUCUUCAAGCAGGCCACCAGCUGGCGACCCUGUGUUGCUAGUGACCUUAUGAUCUCUGUAUCAUCAGAACUGUCUUUGCGAAAUCCUAUUUCGAGUGCUCGAGUUCCUCAACUCCCAGUGCAGGUCUUAACCCUUGAGGCUACUAAUAUGACAUCAGAAAACCUUACCGUAACGGUUCUUGCUCCAGAAGCGUCUGGUUCUUCUUCAGUUGUAUCCUUGAACUCAGCUCCAACCACACCAAAUAGUUCGUAUGACAAUCUUAAUGAGUCUGUGAGAAGAUCUGGCUUGGGUAAACAUCGAGCUGGUUUUCGAAGAAUGAAUUCAGUCCUUGCUGGCUCACCAAAAGAAAGUGACAAUGGAGGAAAUAGAAUUAGCACUUCUGGAGGCUGUACUCAUCUGUGGUUGCAGAGUGCGGUUCCUUUAGGGUGUAUUCCUGCACGUUCAAGCACCACCGUCAAGCUUGAGCUACUUCCAUUAACGGAUGGGAUCAUUACACUGGAUACACUUCAAAUAACGAUAAGGGAGAAAGGUCUUACAUACAUACCAGAGCACUCCUUGGAGAUAUAUGCGUCAGCUGCCAAUUCAACGGGAAGUUCAUAGAGUCAAUAUCAGAGUGUCAAAUGGUGCAAUUACUGUCUUGGUGAAUUGGGGUCUGGGGUCUCAACCUCUGCGCAGAGUGUGAGGUCACUGGAUCAAGUGUAUUGUUGCUCAUUUGUAUCCGAUUUUUGACGUAGAAGCUCCUACAGCACGAUCUCGAAGCCAAAUAACGCUAUUUGUACGUGGGAAGGAUUUUGCUGCCUACAGUGGAGAAAUGGGCACAAUGAUCUGUCUAUAGACUAUAAAUUGGGUUUCCAAAUCCAUUCAUACACGGGGGUUGCUGAGCUGCUAGUGUUGUCUAUACAGGCUCAUCGAAAAUCUGUAAUGUUUGUGUUGCAUAGUUCAGAUUCCAUUUUUGUGGUGUUCAUUUUUGUUCCGUGUAAACCUGGACAGUGCCCAUCUUUUGUUCGACAAUCGACAGGCAGAUGUAUCAUGCAUAUGGUGUAGCGAGGAAGGAGAAAUUCGCAGAUGUAUCAUCUUUGCUCGUGGUUCAUACUGAAUUGCUAUACUAGCGCAUUGCAGAUUU